AGGGUGCCCCCCGACCGAACGAUUUCUCCGGAAUGGGGGGUGUGGCUGGUCGGCCAGCCUCAUCGGGGUGGGAGAAAGGGUCCGCUGUUCCUGGCGGCGCAAUCCCCAAGGCCUGCUGCUAGAGAUGCUCUUCCUCUCGUUUCAUGCAGGCUCUUGGGAAAGCUGGUGCUGCUGCUGCUGCUGUCUGAUUCCGGCGGACAGACCUUGGGACCGCGGCCGGCUCUGGCAGCUGGAGAUGGCGGACACAAGAUCGGUAUAUGAAACCAGGUUUGAGGCGGCCGUGAAGGUGAUCCAGAGUUUGCCGAAAAAUGGAUCAUUCCAGCCAACCAAUGAAAUGAUGCUCAAGUUCUAUAGCUUCUACAAACAGGCAACUGAAGGACCCUGUAAGCUUUCAAGGCCUGGAUUCUGGGACCCCAUUGGAAGAUAUAAAUGGGAUGCUUGGAGUUCAUUGGGUGAUAUGACUAAAGAAGAAGCCAUGAUUGCAUAUGUUGAAGAAAUGAAAAAGAUUCUUGAAACUAUGCCCAUGACUGAGAAAGUUGAAGAAUUGCUGCAUGUUAUAGGUCCAUUUUAUGAAAUUGUAGAAGACAAAAAGAGUGGCAAGAGUACUGACUUGACCUCAGUCCGAUUGGAGAAAAUCUCCAAAUACUUAGAAGAUCUUGGCAGUGUCCUGAUCUCUUCAAAUGCCAAAGCUGUUAAUGGUAAGACUGAGAGCAGUGAUAGUGGAGCUGAGUCUGAGGAAGAAGAGGCCCAAGAAGAAUUAAAAGGAGCAGAACAGAGUGACAGUAAUGAUAAGAAAAUGACGAAUAAGGCAACAGAUAGGAAUUUGGAAAUCAUCGUUGCCAAUGGCUUUAAGGAUAGCUUUGUUCAGGAUACACACAAUGAUGUUCAUACCAAUUUCUCCCCGAGUGGCAGAAGCAAUGAAGAAGCAAAACCUGUAGAUCACAGCUUGGAGCAGACUGGAAACAAUGUUGUCUGUGUUCACCAAGAUACAAAUGAUGAUCACAGUGAAGAUGCUUCAGGAAUUCAUCAUUUGACAAGUGAUUCAGAUAGUGAAGUAUACUGUGAUUCUAUGGAGCAAUUUGGACAAGAAGAGUAUUACUUAGGUGGUGAUCCCAGUCAGCACUUGGCGAGUUCUGUUUUUUGUGAAGAUGGUCAAGUAGCUCCUGGCGAUGGCAGCAUUGGGAAGAUGGUAGCAGUGGAAGGAAAAGGUGGUGAAGUAAAGCAUGGAGGGGAAGAUGGCAGAAGUGGCAGUGGAGUACCACACCGUGAGAAGAGAGGAGGAGAAAGUGAGGACUUCUCUAAUGUCAGAAGAGGGAGAGGGCAUAGAAUGCCACAUUUGAGUGAAGGAACCCAGGGUCGGCAAGUGGGGAGUGGAGGUGAUGGAGAACGCUGGGGUUCAGACCGGGGUUCCAGAGGCAGCCUCAAUGAGCAGAUUGCCCUUGUGCUCAUUAGACUGCAAGAGGACAUGCAGAACGUCCUCCAGAGACUGCAUAAACUGGAAACACUGACUGCUUCGCAGGCAAAAUUAUCAUUGCAGUCAAGUAAACAACCCUCCUCACAGAAACCAUCCUGGUGGCCCUUUGAGAUGUCUCCUGGUGCAUUAACUUUUGCUAUUAUAUGGCCUUUUAUUGCCCAGUGGUUGGUGCAUUUAUAUUAUCAAAGAAGGAGAAGAAAACUAAACUGAAGAAAAUAGCAUUUUACUCAAGAAGAUUCCUGGGCCUGGAUGACCUAAGAAAUGAAAUGGGAUUAUGGAUUUCACAAGAAAAUCUCAGUUUGUGAUACUACAUUUCUUUUUUGUCCAGUAGUUUGGUUUAUAUAUAUAUACAUAUAUAUGUAUGUAUUAUUUGCACUACAGAAAUGAUAACAUUUUAAGGAAUAAUAUUGCUGAUACUUGAAAGAUCAAUCUCAACUAGGUUUUAAGCAGCAUACAUAGACUUAAACUUUUUUUGAGCUUGAAGGACAUUAAGUUAUUAAUUACUGUUUGGUAACAUGUUUACCUGAUUUUCUCCCAUAGAAAUAUAACCUGCUUUUCUAAGGCAUUGUUAUGAUUAUAAGAUUUAUAAUAUGUACUUUUCUAAAUUCAAUGCAAGAAAGAAUGCAACACAGUGGAUUUAAAUGAGGUUAAAUCAAUUUUGUAUCAGUCAUUGAACUGUCAGCCAGGUAGCAGAAAAUUGAUGGAAGAAUCCUUUGUGUUCUUUGUGGUCUGCAUAGAAUUCUUGGGCUUUUACAACUCAGAAGAUCAUCGUCUUUUGUACUGUUGUGGUUGCUUUUUACAAAUGAUUCACUGAAUAGACUUAACUUGAUGAAGGAAAUGGGAAAGAUGAAGAACAGACAUAGUGUAUGUGUAAAAAUAUAUUCCAAGCUGACACAGAAUUCUCCGAUUUUAAUUCAACCAUAUACUUAACCCUUUAUAAUCAUUUUUCUUUAAGUGAGGAUAUCCAAUGUCUGUUUCAUAGGGUGCUUUGCAAAAAAUGAAAACUUAUUUAUACUAUUUUUACUAAGGACAACACACAAAUAUCCUUUUUUGUUUUGUUUUCCUACAAGUGGUAAACUCCAGUUUGAAUUCUUAACCUCUUAGUGCCUCAGGUUUUCCUUUGGGGUGUACUUCACAAGGUAUUAGGACUUUAAAUAUACAGGCCAUCUGUGUCCACAUGAUUAAGGAAUGCCUAACUAAUGGAAACUUAAGUUCCUUCUGGCCAUUAGACCAAGAGGAAGAUUAAUUUCAUCCUGAAGACUAUAUUUGAAAGAUAAUCCUUUCCAAAACCUGUGCUCACUUAUACCUUAUGCUUUGAAGAUGUAAUUUUAAAACUUUAUAGCAAAUUCCCCCUUUUUUCUUUUGAGACAGAGUCUCAGUAGCUCAUGCCAACCUCCAGUUCAUUAUGUAGCUAAAGAUGACCUUGAACACCUGCUGUUCCUGUCUCCUGUCCAAUUCUGGGACCACAGGCAUGCACCAUCAUGGCUAGCUUUGUAUAGUUAAAAAAAAAAUUAAUGCAUUCUUGAUAUGUAUGAUGUUGGGGGGAUUAGCAUUAGGUAUUGAAAAUUUUCAGUAAGAGUGGAAGAAUCCUUAUCUAGUAUAUAUGAUUGUUCUUUGAAGAAAAAAGUAUGAGAAUAUGAUUUGCUUGUCCCAGACUUCAUUUGUUUUUUGUAACUUAGUUUUAAAUUGUAUAUCAUAUCUUGAUUUGUUUAAAGGAGCUACCAGUAUUUGCUUAAGAUACAAAACAAACAAACCCAAAUUUAUCUUCUACUUAUUUAGAAGGGGGAAAAAAGCAAAUAACUGAAUUAUUGACAAAGUGUGGAUCAAGAAUUUAUUUAUUUUAAUUAGACAACAAGUUGAUAUAAUAAAAUGAUGGCUUUUUUCUUACAUAAAAAUGUAAAUCAAGGGUGUAACAAGUUGUGAUUCAUUGCAAGUAGUCAAGGUAACUAACUCCUAAAGGCAACCAUUUAUAUCUUAUGCCAGAAUUACUUUACAGUGUGAAAAACACUUUGCACACAGUUGUUGUAUAUAAAAGAUGUAAUUAUAGGAUAUAAUGGUAAUGCUUUAAAACAUAAGCUUCAUUUUAAAAAUUGACAGCUAUGGUAUUUUUUUAAUGAUCAGCUUUUCUGUUAAUUGUAAAACUAAGUUAAAAAUAAAAGGUUAAUGAGAAAUGAAA